UUUGGUUCAUUGGUUGUCAAGUCCAAAAUGAUGUACCUUUUAGUCAUCUUGUGGCCUUUAAGAACAAAACCCCACUUGGUUAGACUAACAUGCAACUCAGUUGAAGUAUAUACCUAGGCCAAAGUCAGGCAGGCUAUAUUUGAGGAGAGUGCCUCAAAUGUCAUUGCCAAGAUAUUUGCUUGCACCAAGAGGCAGACUUGUCAAAAGCAGAGAUCCACCACUCAUUUUCCAAUAGCUGUUAUUUGACUCCAACUUUAUAUAUAACUUAAUAUUUUUAUACUUCAACGUCUUAUAUUAGUAGCAUUCUUCUGUUCUCUGUCAUGUGUAACACAUUUUGAAUAAAAAUCCACUUCUUGGUGUUUGUUUGUUCUUUGAUAGGAUGAAGCUGGAGAGAAAGAAAACAUCCUUAUACCUUCUUGCACUGCACCUUGCUCUUGUGUUUGAAACAAUCACUUGUCAAAGACCCGAUGUCAUUGCCAGCGGUCAGACUCUUUCGGGCAACCAUACGUUAUCCUCCAAAGAUGGCACAUUUGAGCUUGGUUUCUUCACACCAGGUAAGUCCAGAAACUAUUACAUAGGCAUAUGGUAUAAAAAUUUUGUUGACAAAACUGUUGUGUGGGUGGCAAACAGAAACCACCCGGUCACCAAUCCUUACGAUUCAGAAUUAAAACUCUUCCCAGAUGGAAAUCUUGCUCUACUGAAUGAGUCAAAAAUUCGAAUUUGGUCCUCAAAUUCCACUGCAAGAAAAGAUAAUGCAACUUUAGCCAUACUUCUUAAUAAUGGAAAUCUUUUGAUCCGAGAUGAUCAAGAUAUUUCUGAUAUCAUAUGGCAAAGUUUCGAUUACCCAACAGACACUUGGCUUCCGGGUGGUAAAAUUGGGUAUAACAAAAGAAAAAAGGAGAAGAUCUAUCUUACUUCGUGGCGAAAUGCAGAAGAUCCUGCUCCUAGUGUUUUCUCACUUGAGGUGGAAACUAAUGAAACAAGUCUCGUAUUAGUUUACAAUAAGACUAAACAGUACUUCACUACUGGCUCAUGGACGGGAAGAUAUUUUGUGUCUGUUCCAGAAAUUCAGAGUAAUCCUUAUGUCUUAAAUUUCGGAUAUAUUUCUGAUGUCAACGAGAGCAAGUUCACUUAUGACCUUAUCCCCAAGACCCUCACGCGGUUUAUGAUCGACGUGACAGGACAGUUUAGGCAGUUUGCAUGGAGAGAAAAUUACCCAGAACAUCGAUGGGGAGGGAACUGGUUGCGACCAGAACAAUGUGAGGUUCCAAGAUUUUGUGGUGCUUUUAGCACAUGCAAUCAAUUAAAAGCACCUUCUUGUAAUUGUUUGCAAGGAUAUGAACCGAAGUUGGCUGAGAGUUGGGCAUUGGGAGAUUAUACGGAUGGGUGCACUAGGAUAUCACCUCUGCAUUGUAGUGAUGUAGGGGAAGUAGAAGACACGUUUUUUUUUUCUGAAGGCAAUGCGAUUUUCAACCCAGGAUACAGGGGAUUCACGUUCUUUAGGCGUAAAGAGUGACAAAGAAUGUAGGUCUGCUUGCUUGAGUAAUUGUUCAUGCACUGGUUAUGUCUUUGAUGAUGGCAAAUGCGUGGUUUGGGAUGGAGAGGUGUAUAAUAUCCAACAACUAGCUUCUGGUGACAACAGGGAAAGAGUUUUUCAUGUUCGCGUCAAAGAGUCCGGAAAGACCAGCAAGAUGAGGGUUUGGAUUGUUAUAGGAGCUGUUGGGGUCCUCUUUGUUUUGCUCGGCAUAGUAACAUUAGUUAUCCUGCAGCUGAUGAAACGGAAAGUAGGAAGGUAUAAUGGGGAGGCAGGGGAUCUGAUAUUGUUCAAGUACAAAGACAUCAAAAAGGCGACGAAGGAAUUUUCAGAAAAACUGGGUGAAGGCGGAUUUGGCUCGGUUUUUAAGGGUACUUUGCCAGACUCCAGAGGUAUAGCAGUUAAAGUUCUUAAGAAUUUGAGGCAAGGGGAGAAACAGUUCCGCGCAGAAGUGAGCACAAUUGGGCAAAUUCAACAUAUCAACCUUGUCCGCCUUAAAGGAUUUUGCAUAGAAGAUGAUAAAAGACUUUUAGUAUUGGAAUACAUGAAGAAUGGUUCUCUUGAACAUCACUUGUUUCGCGAAAAUUCUAAUGUUUCUCUAGAUUGGAAAGCAAGGUACAACAUUAUGAUUGGAACUGCUAGAGGCUUGAAGUAUCUCCAUGAAAAGUGCAGGGAUUGUAUUAUACAUUGUGACAUUAAGCCUGAUAACAUCUUGUUGGACGACGAGUUUAAUGCCAAAGUUGGUGAUUUUGGCCUAGCUAAGCUUAUUGGCCGAGACUGUAGCCGAGUCUUGACAACAAUAAGAGGAACAAGAGGAUAUCUUGCACCGGAAUGGAUUUCAGGCGAGGCCAUCACUGCAAAGGCAGAUGUCUUUAGCUACGGAAAGCUGUUGUUUGAGAUCAUAUCAGGGAGGAGAAACAUGGAGUUGUUAGAUGAUGGUGACUAUUUUCCCGCUCUAGUUGCAGACAAAAUAAGCAAAGGGGAAGAAGUAUUGAUGCAGUUCUUAGAUCAAAAACUGAAAGGUAAAGCCAAUUCAAUUGAACUUACGCGAGCUUGCAAAGUAGCUUGUUGGUGCAUUCAAGAUGAUGAGAAGAAUAGGCCAACUAUGGGGCUUGUGAUUCAGAUUCUAGAGGGAAUUUCAGAAGUAGGGAUUCCUCCAUUUCCCUGGUUUCUCCGAGGUUUUGCAAAGGAUAAUGAAUAUCAAAGCAUAGUUCACGAGCCUUAUACAUUCUACACAACUUCAUCCAAUAAUUAGACAUAUCUGCAUGUUUUAUCAGCUAUUCUACUUUGGCAAAGGCCUAGCCAAGCUUAUAUAGGGAUUUCAGAAAGUUAUGAUUCCUGCAUUUCCCUGUUUCUCCUAGUAUUACGGAGAUAGUAUACACUAAUUUAUACCAUCACUGUGCAUUCAACAGAACUUCCAUCAGUUAGAUAUAUGCUUGUAUAUGUCCUAUUUUCGCAAGAAUUAGUAACAAACAAAUUCUAUUUACAAGUCGAAUUGCUUCUGCGUGCAUAUAGCAAUACAAUUGCACCAUCAGUCACCUUUCCUGUAAGAUAUCUUUCUGAUUGCAAUAAGAAUUUCAGGCAGCGGGAAGUUAACACGCUUACCUAUUAGCGGGUGUUUGGAUCGUUAGCUGGAACAAGAAUCGGGAAUGAGAAUAAAGAGUAUGAAAAUGCGGGGCAUGGGAAUGGGUAUUCAAAGGAGAGUGUAAGGAAUGACUUAGCCUCGAAGUGGAAUUGGGUUCUCAUUCCAAGUCACAUAAUUAAUAAUCCAGACACCAACAGAUUGUGAUUGUUUGGAUUGGAAUUCUCAAUCCAUGUCACAAAUUUUAUAAUCCAAAUACCAACAAAUGGGUUUAAGAUUUCAAUUCCCGUUAACAGGAGAUUCCGAUUUACAUUAACGGGGCUCAUUAACUAUGAACCAAACUCAU